AAGGACGAUCUUUCACUGUCGCCACUCCUCUCUAUCCCCCGUUCUUGAACGCUCCUCUCCUUUCCUCCCUUGUCCCUUUUGUCUCUGUUCUGCGCAGUUGGGCCUUUGCGCUUCUCCUUUCCCACCCUUACAGUUGUGGUCCAAUUUCGCCCAUCAUGGAGGCAAUCAAGCAGACAUUUGCUAAGGCCAAGCAGGCGAGGCGCGCCGCUUUGGUGGCCUAUGUUACUGCAGGCUAUCCUACGGCCGAGGAGACGAUCGAUAUUAUGCUGGGAAUGGAGAAUGGAGGUGCUGAUAUCAUCGAACUUGGUAUCCCAUUCACAGACCCAAUUGCAGAUGGCCCGACCAUCCAGAAGGCCAAUACCAAGGCCUUGGAGAAUGGUGUCACAGUCACGAUGGUGCUGGACAUGGUCCGCACCGCCCGCAAGAGGGGUCUCAAGGCCCCCGUGCUCUUCAUGGGAUACUACAACCCGCUGCUGCGUUACGGAGAUGAGCGGAUGUUGAAGGAUGCCAGGGAGGCUGGAGUCAAUGGAUUCAUCAUGGUUGACCUUCCUCCGGAGGAGGCAGUGAGAUUCAGGAACCUGUGCACAAAGGAGGGCCUUUCAUAUGUGCCCCUUAUCGCCCCGUCCACUUCGGAGUCUCGUAUGAAGCUGCUGUGCAAGAUUGCCGACUCGUUCAUCUAUGUUGUGUCCCGUAUGGGUGUCACAGGUGCAACGGGAAAACUGAACUCGAACCUCCCCGAUCUGCUGAGCCGAGUGCACGCCUACUCCGGAAAUGUCCCGGCCGCUGUCGGUUUCGGUGUUAGUACUCGUGAGCAUUUUUUGAGCGUGCAGGAUAUCGCCGAAGGUGUUGUCAUUGGCAGUCAGCUCAUCACCGUCUUGGGCCAGGCGCCUGCUGGUCAGGCAGCCAAGGCCGGUGAAGACUACCUGUCGAGUGUGACGGGACGACGUCUCGAGAGAGACCAGCAGGGAGCAUUGACUCGGGAGGUGAACAUUCUGGAGGCGGUUGAAAAAGCUCUGCCCGACACCCAGGCACAGCCGACACACGUCAUCACCGAGGGUGAAGCAGGUUCUGGUCCAGGACUUGCGGAUCAGCUAGACGCUCUCAAUGGAACAGGUGAUGCAUCGGCACAGCCAUCGCGAUUUGGCGAGUUCGGUGGACAGUAUGUUCCCGAAGCGCUCAUGGACUGCCUGGCGGAGCUCGAGAGGGGUUUCGAUGAGGCAAAGAACGACCCUAAGUUCUGGGAGGAAUACCGUUCAUACUACCCCUACAUGGGCCGUCCCAGCAGUCUCCAUAUCGCUCAACGAUUGACCGAUCACGUUGGAGGCGCCAACAUCUGGCUCAAGCGUGAAGACCUCAACCACACUGGUAGCCACAAGAUUAACAACGCCAUCGGUCAGGUUCUCAUUGCCCGGAGACUGGGUAAGACGAGGAUCAUCGCAGAGACGGGUGCCGGUCAGCACGGUGUGGCUACCGCAACUGUAUGUGCCAAGUUUGGAAUGAAGUGCACCAUCUACAUGGGUGCAGAAGAUGUCCGCCGCCAGGCUUUGAACGUUUUCCGCAUGAAGCUGCUCGGUGCCUCUGUCGUCGCCGUUGAGGCGGGUAGCCGAACCCUCCGUGACGCCGUCAACGAGGCGUUCCGUGCCUGGGUUACCGAUCUCGACACUACUCACUACGUGAUCGGUUCCGCCAUUGGACCUCACCCUUUCCCGACCAUUGUCCGUACCUUCCAGUCUGUCAUCGGUAACGAGACCAAGCAGCAGCUCCAGGAGGCUAUUGGAAAGCUCCCGGACGCUGUCGUCGCCUGCGUCGGUGGAGGAAGUAACGCCGUUGGCAUGUUCUACCCGUUCUCCCAGGAUCUCAGCGUCAAGCUGCUUGGUGUUGAGGCGGGUGGUGACGGUAUCGAGACGAACCGGCACUCUGCAACUCUCAGCGGCGGUACCAAGGGUGUCUUCCACGGUGUUCGCACCUACGUUCUGCAGAACGAGCACGGCCAGAUCACGGAAACCCACUCCGUGUCUGCCGGUCUCGACUACCCAGGUGUUGGCCCUGAGCUCAGCUCCUGGAAGGACAGUGAGCGUGCCCGCUUCAUCGCUGCCACCGACGCUCAGGCAUUCACCGGCUUCCGUCUGCUGUCCGAGCUGGAAGGUAUCAUCCCCGCCCUGGAGUCUUCCCACGCCGUCUGGGGUGCCAUCGAACUAGCCAAGACCAUGAAGAAGGGCGAGAACAUUGUCCUGAACCUCAGUGGUCGUGGAGACAAGGACGUCCAACAUGUCGCGGAGGAGCUGCCCCGUCUGGGACCCAAGAUCGGCUGGGAUCUGCGAUUCUAAAAGAGAAAAGUGCCUCAACUCUAGCAUCAAUGUUAAAAUCAUCAUCUUUUCCAUCCCCUCAUAAGAGGACAGAGAGCAUUUUCUACUAGCCAUUUGAGUUCUCCACGGCCUCCCCUCUUCAUUUUCAACCAUUAUCCAUCUUUCUAUUUUUUUGGAGCCUAGAAUCCUAACUACAAGAGGUAUAUUUCUGCCACGCCAAUUAUUUAUGAAUGAGAAAAACAGAAAACCCUUCGGAAGUUAAGUCUUCCAUGAUAAUAUUCUGGAGGAAAUUAAAAGCGAAAAAGCGUUCUGAUUUUUGAGUUCGAGCUCUGAAUAUCCAUUGAGUACAAAUACAGAAGAAAUGAAUAUAGAAUAGGAUCUCUUCAAAAAUGAAAUUGAGAAAGUUUCCUUUUCUCCA